CCAAGUACAUCUGCACCGACACCAACCACAACCGCUCCUACUACAGCCACACCGGCUCCAACAACAACAACAACCACAGAUUCUCCAACAACCACAUUUGUUCCGACAACAACCCCAGCUGCUCCAACAACAACAGCCGCUCCAAGUUCAGCUGCACCAACAACAACAACCACAGACGCUCCAACAACAACUACAUUUGCUGAAACAGCAACCACAGUUGCUCCAACUACAAUUGCACUAACUCAAACCACAGCUACUCCAACCACAACUACAGCCGCUCCAACUACAACAGCUGCUCAAACUAAAACUACAGAUGUUGCUACUACAACAACAACAACAACAGCAGCCACUCCAACAACAAACGCAGCAGCUACUUUUGUUCAAACAACCAAUACAGCCAUUCAAACAACUCCCACAAUUACCUCAACAACUAAUAUGGCUUUGACAAGUAAAGUUGUUUCACCAACAUAUGUAUUUUCAAUCGUUUUGAAAGACUGCUUUGAUGAUGAGCUCAAAGAUAAAAACAGCGACAGAUUCAAGAUUCUUCAAACAAAACUCAUAGACCUUUACGACGCCAUCUACAGCGCUGAAUUUGGCUGUCUCUUCACGGGCAGUUUUGUUAUUGAAUUUAGAUCAACUGUAAACGGGACACAAAGUGGGAAUAUUGAAGUUGAGGUGGGAGUUGAGUUCAAUAAAACCACACCAAUUAAGGAACUCCCAGAGAACAAAGUUGUUGAAGAAAUUGUAAAACAGUUUGCGGUUAAUUCCACCGUGAAUUUCAACGUCACCUUCGUGUCAGACUCCAUUGCAAUAAUAAAAACACCCAAGGCAAAUUUGACAAGGACAUCUCCAGGAAUUCCAACCAGAGCAGAUGCAAAUAGCGGUGUUUCAAACUCAACCGUUAAUCCUGCAGCUACCAAUACUACAAACCAACUUGCAAGAGGGGGAGCAAAUGCCAGAACCCCUUCCAAGCUAGCUACAACUGCAGCAACCACACAAACUUCUACUGCUGCAACAACAACAACUACAACAACUGCAGAGUCAAUAGUCGUGAGGCGGGUGACUUUUAAGUCUUUGGGAGAGACAUUCACAACUGAUCUGCUGGAUGCCUCAUCCACGGCUUUCAAAAGCCGAGCUGCGUUUAUCAAGUCAACACUGGAACCUUACUUUGAAGGAGCAUUUUCUUCAUUCCGCUCUUUGACGAUGAUUUCAUUCAGCAAUGGAUCAAUCAUCAGCAACAUGGACUUUCGUUUUGCAUCAGCAUCUGUUCCUGAUAACAUUCAAAUUGGAAAUGUUUUGAUCAGAGCAGCUCCAAACAUCACGAACUUCAACAUUGAAACCCGUUCUGUAACUGUAGAAGGCUUACAGUGGAAUAGUGGAGUAGCCCACAAGAUUAGUCUCAUCACUGCAGUCUCCAUGGUGCUGUUUUCAUGGCUAAUGUCAAGUCAGCAGUUGUUUCCCUGCUAAUGUUGAUGGGACGUCAACGACAACAGAUGCACCAACAACAACAAGAGAAAAUAUUAUAUUUUACUGAACUGAACAAAGGAUAUUUUUCUGGAACAUUAUGUUAUUUUCCUGUUUUAUAGACCUGGAAUUCCUGCUUCAAAUUACUGUAUUAUGUCAUGGUAAUGUAAUGUAUAAUAAUUUAAGUAAACAUGAAGGUGAGUUCAUAAAAGCUACUUUGUUGGUGACACUGUUCAUGUAAUCCUUUUAU